AUGAAUUAAGACGACGGAGGGGUUGAUAAUCCAAUUCAAAUGAUUGAAUAGUCUUAGGAGUUAGCUAAACCUUCAUAAGAUCCAACAAUAUGUGAAGUUCAUUCAGAGGAACUAAUUCUUUUUUGCCUUAAGGACUAAUAAUAGGUAUGCAGUAAAUGUCUAAAGUCUACUCAUUUAUUGCAUCCAGUUGUUCCGCUCAAUUCUCUUGAAAACUUAGAUUUCUCAGAGUCACUAUAAUCGGAAAUCACUCAAGCUUUGAAUGAUGUCAGAAAAAGAGAGAAAUAAGUAAACGAUUCACUAGCUAGAAGUAUCACUAACCACAAAGUAAAGCUAAGAAGUCAUAUAAUUUUCAUCAGAGAUAGUUUGAGAUUAGAGUUCGACGAAUUUUUUAACAACUUGCUUCAGUCAAUACGCAAAGAUUGGAAUCUUUUCACUGUAUAAGAAGUUUUGGUCCAAGAAACUAAGAAGUUUAAUGAGAAAAUUUCAGUGAAUCUUGAAAAAAUUAUUGACUGUGGUCAGUUAUUAUAUCCAUAAUAAGAUAUUAAGAAAUUUUAUGAGAGUCUAAGUGAAGCACAAUCUUAAGUCUAACAAUACAAAAAUGACUGGUAUAAUUAUGAGUCUAGUAUUCAGCAGAUGAUUGAGACUCUAAAAGACCAUUCUGAAUUUGAGUCGAUUGAUGGGCAACUAUUGAAAUAAUUCAUGGCUGAGAGACUCGUUUUGAAUUAUAGCAAUAUUGAACUUUAAAGAAUUCUGUUUUAACAACCAAUAAAAAAAUCAGGCAAUAAUUCUCCCAUAGCUCACCCUUAAUUCAGAAAGCAUAGUUAUAGUGUAAUGGGUGGAGGAUUGAAUAAAAUGGGUUAAAGCAUGGCCUUUGGUAGCGACUCUCAAUCUCAAUUUGUAAAUGUUAGAGGCUAAUAGCAGAUGAGUAAUACAAUGUAAAGAUUUGGAAGUGCAUAGAAUAAUGAGGAGAGUAUUACAAACAAAAUACAUUUCUUUAAAUUUGACUAGAGAAUAUUAACCUUUUAUAAUGUUGAGACUGACAAAAAGACAAGAGAGCUAUUGAACAUCGAAUUUAACAUUCCCAUCAGAUUUUGUUCUAUACAAACAAAAGAGGGAAGAAUUUUUAUCACAGGUGGAGCAAGGAACAGUUCUUAAUCCAGCAAUACAGCUUAUGAAUAUAAAGAUGGCUCUCUUUUUUAACUACCAAAUAUGAUUCAUCCUAGAGAAGGUCAUUGCUUAGCAGCAAUUGGCUCUUAAUAUAUUUAUGCAAUAGGGUCAAGGCUAUACAACACCUCCAAGACUUGUGAAGUUUUUAUGGUUGAUGCUAAUGAAUGGAGAGAGCAACCAGAGUUAAACAGAAAUAGGUAUCUUUCAACAGCUGUCACUUUGAAUGAGAGAUUCAUUUAUGUAUUGGGUGGGUAUGAGCCUUAAGUUACUGAUAUUGAAAGACUUGAUACUUUCAAUAUGUCUUAAGGAUCUUAUUGGGAGUUAAUUAAAGUGUAUUCCCCUCAUUUAGAAAGUGAUAUCAAGUAUUGGUUUGGUUCAUGCCCGGUUUCUGCUACUGAAAUCCUUAUAUUUGGAGGUAAAAAGGAUGGUGCCUCUUCACAUGCCUCAUAUCUUUUUGACACUGUAAACAAGUAGGUCACCAAGACCGGGAAUCUUCCUAAUAAGGACACAUUCUACUAAAGGACAUUCUUAUAAAAGAAUGGAAGAGUCCAUGCUUAUGGUUAUGAAAAUGAUAACGCCUACAUCUUCAACAUCUAGACAAAAACAUGGAGUAAAAAAUGA